AUGCCCAUAGAGAUGAUGCCGGCCAAUCCUUCAGGCAAUACAUUUGUCCUCCGCAGAAUCACCCGCUCGGAUCACCUCCGAAGCUUAGUCUACCUUAGCAGUAUAUCAUAUCACUGUAGCCACCAGAAUAUACUACCUACACAUAAAACAAAUCUAUUACUACUAUCUCAUUCUCCCAUAAAAGCACCAAAUAAGAUACAAUUUCCCACAAUGCCCGAAAUAAUCGACGAUAAAUCCCAACACUGCAUCCCCUUCCUCCUGGAACGACUCCAAGCCCACCAAGCCCGCCAUCCCACCAACACCCCGCCUUUCUUCCUCGGUCUAAAUGGCGUGCAGGGGGCCGGUAAAACAGUCCUGGUCUCAACCCUCCAAUCCACCCUCCGCUCCCCACCCUACUCCCUCAACGUGGUAACCCUCUCCCUCGACGACCUAUACCUCACACACUCGCAACAAGAGCACCUCGCCGCCUCGCACCCCUCAAACCCGCUCCUCCAGCAUCGCGGACAGCCCGGCACCCAUGACCUGACUCUAGCGAAGGAAGUGUUCUCGGCGUUGCGCGCGGGCCAGCGCACCGCGGUCCCGGCGUACGAUAAAUCGGCGUUUUCCGGACAGGGCGAUCGCGUGCCUCCGUCGCAGUGGGAGGUGGUGAAUAAGGAGGGUGAAGAGAAGGUGAAAGUGGUGGUUUUUGAGGGGUGGUGUGUCGGGUUUCGCGCGUGGGAUGAGGAGGUGCUUAGGGGGAAGUGGGCGGAUGCGGUUCGAUUGAAGGAAGCCGCCGCUGCUGGCCAGGGUGAGUAUAAGGGGAGAUUGGGACAUGUGGAGUUUGAGGAUGUUAAGACGGUUAAUGAGGCGUUGAGGGGGUAUGAUGUGAUUACUGAUCAAUUGGAUGCGUUGAUUCAUAUCGAUGCGCAAGACCUCCAUUUCGUCUAUGACUGGCGACAGGAGCAAGAGAGGACCCUUCGCGCUGCAAAGGGGACUGGUAUGACGGAGGAACAAGUCACCAAGUUUGUUGAUGGCUACUAUCCCUCCUAUGAACUCUUCACUGAAACUCUCCGGGAGGGUACAUUCAAGCCUGUGCCUCAUGCUACUACGGCAUCUGCUCCGCCAACAGGCUGGGAGGGGAGACAGCUUCGAUUGGUUGUGGAUAAGAAUAGGAGAGUGCAGGUGGUUAUCAACAUCUAG